AUGUGGGUUGGAAGUCCAGAAUUCUGGUCCUGUGAUAGCGCUGUUACAAGCAGCCUUGUUUUUGACUUUUUACCCCUUGGAUUGGCAGAAAAUUCAGCAUUUUAUGAUGCAAUGUGUGGAUACGAGCCAUGCAUUGGCUCUAUGAUGCUUUGUUGUGAUGAAUUGGUCAAUUCAGAUCCUAGUAAGAUGAAGAAGAUAUUUCAUGUUGCGUCUGAGGCCUGCACAAUGUAUUCCAGUUUUCAUUACAAGUGGACUUAUUACAGAGAUCAAUAUGAGAAUGCAACAAAAAAUGUCAUCAAUCCUUCAGAUAUUACAAACUAUUCUUUACCUGUUUAUGGACCUACUUAUCCAAACAUGACGGAUGCUAUUUUGAUUAACAAGGGCUACCAAUACUUCUACAAGAAUUUGGAUGAUGCUACAUUCUAUUCCAUUGGAAUUUGGGUCUAUUUUGGAUUGGUUAUUCUAAUUGCUGCAUUCUUCAAGUUUCUUAAAAGAACUGGAGCUAGUCAAAUGCUUUGCAAUCCUCUCAUAAAUAUAAUUAGAAGUUAUAUUACUCUACCUGCAAUGAUUCCAGACGGUCAUUGUUCGGAACAAUUUGGGUGGAAAUAUUUCAGCUUCCUUCUCCCAAAUAGGAUAGAAUCCUUAGUUGGCUUUGGACUCACUAUUGUUGAGAUCGUUUUUUACUGCAUCCCAUACCAUCAGAAGGAGUCAGCUUACUUAUUCACUACCUCUGAUCAGGCAUGGAAAAGAUAUGUUGCAGAUAGAGCAGGAAUCUUAUCAUUUGGUAAAGUGCCAUUAUUGAUUCUUUUCGCUGGAAGAAACAACAUGCUAUGCUUUCUUACCGGCAUCAAAUAUUCUUCUUUCAUUCAAUACCACAAAAUGGUGUCCAGAUGGAUGCUUAUUGAUGCUUUAAUCCAUGCUGUUUCCUAUACAAUUAUAGAAAAAGGUGCUUACGUCGCGGCUCUCAAGGAGAGUUACUUUGCGUGUGGUGUAGCUGCUUCUGUGAUUGGUGGAUGUAUGUGGCUAUUCUCAUUCCAUGUUUUCAGAGAAUAUAGUUACGAGAUUUUCCUUUAUUUUCAUAUUAUUAUGGCAAUAGCAUUUAUUAUCAUGUGCUGGUAUCACUGCAACACUUUGGGAUGGGGCGAAUGGCUAAUAACUGCCUGUUGUCUCUGGGGAGUUGAUAGACUAAUAAGAGUUUUGAGGAUGACAAGAUUUGGCUAUCAGACUGCUCGGUUUGAAAUUAUUAAUGAGACGUCAUAUAGAGUUACUGUUCCAAGACCAAAAUCGUUCAAUUCAGCUCCCGGUCAGUAUGGCUUUGUUUAUUUCAGCGAUCCAUUUCUUUUCUUUCAGAAUCAUCCUUUUACUUUAAUCAAUAAUGGUGACAGCAUCACUUUUUAUAUUAAAGCCAAGAAGGGUGUUACUGCUAGGAUAAUGAAACAAUUAUCAAAAACCAGAGAAGGUACCAUGCUGAAAAAGAUAUGCAUUGAAGGUCCAUAUGGAGAUUCAUCUCCUGUCGGAAGAUUCGACAACACUCUUUUAAUUGCUGGUGGUGCAGGUAUUCCGGGUGUGGCAGAUUACGCGAUGAAACUAGGAGCUAGAGAGGAGUUAAAGAUGAGAAUCAAGUUCGUAUGGAUCUUGCAAACGUUGAAAGGAACAGAAACCUACAUAAGGGAUCUUGUUAGUAAGCUCAGAAAUACAAAAGUUGAAGUGGACCUUUACUUGACCCAAGAAACUUCACAGAGCUCUAACGACGUUCAAAGGCUGUUGAGUCAAUGCGUGUACUGUGUUUCUUGCGACGAAGAACUUACAUCGUCAUCAUCUGAAAAUAAUAAAAAGAGGGAGACUAGCAAUAUUGAUUUUAUCUCUAUAAAUUACGGAAGACCAGAGAUGAAGGAUCUAUUGAAAGAAGAGUUGGAAUCUUUUGGAGCUGGUAGUUUGGCUAUUGUUUCUUGUGGACCUGGCAAGAUGGGGGAUGCUCUCAGAUCUGCAGUUUCGAAAGAGGUUUUAAAGAGUAAGAGUAGAAUUGACUUUUUUGAUGAGUUGCAAGUUUGGUGA